GGGAUAAAAGCAGGCAUAAAAAGGAAACCGCUGUCUUCAAAUUUCUUCCUAUUACUCUUCCUCCUACUUUCUUCCUUUAUCCAACCGCCACCGGACAACCUGCUACAGCCCGAUUUUCACAUUAGCAGAUUACAAGUCAAACCUCUCCCCGCCAACAUUUUGUCCUUUUUUUUUUUCCUUUUUACUCCGAUCCAGUACGAAUAUCCAGUGGCAGUGACAAAGACAUUGAUUACAGAGGUCCAAUAUGCCAUCGCGACAAGAGUUAGCCGCUCCUUCCUCGACACCGGCACCGGCUCCGGCUCCAUCGAAGAAGAAGAAGCCCAAAAAGAUAACCGGCCCUCCUCCCCGUUCUAGACCAUUCAAGCGCCCGUACCAUGUAUCCAAGGACCGCCCCAUGUCUUGGUAUCGGAGCGACGCCAACCGACUUUCUCUCUGGUCUCCAUUGUGUGAGGCCUUCCCCAUCCUCGACAAGCUUCCUAAGCUCCAACAAAGACCCUACAGGGACGAUAAGCCCAUAGCCGUAAACGGCUUCGAUGCCACAAAGAAGCAUUUCUACGCUGCCCAGGCCAAGUGGGAACGAGCCGUGGAGAUCAUGGAGGAAGAGGGACGACGGAUGGUCUACUACGGAAGAACGAUGCGCGAAGAGGCGCAGGCGUGUCAUAAGUGGGUGGGCCAGGUUGGCAAGCUGACGUGGGAAGGGCACCAUGGAAGGAUGAAAAAUUAUGAUGCCUUCCAGGAGGCUUUGGAUAAGGUCUGUAAGAUGAACAAGAAGGCCGUGGAGACGGUCAAUGAAGUACAAGAGCCCACCAAGAAAUGGCCGGUGGAGUUUAUAUGCCAGAGGAGGGCUUGGGAGGAAGAAGAGGAAGACCCGACCGACGAUGAUGAAGAGGACGAAAUUGAAGCGGUGGCUUCUCUGCUCUUUCCUCGGUUUUAAGGCCACAACUAGCUAGGUAGGUAGGUACUUAGCUCUACUCAUGUUGUUGCGGUCCGACGGAGUCUUCUUCUCGUAUGUGUUCUAGAGUAAUGCCUCGUCAUUGUGAUUACAGGUGUGAACCAUGCGCUCCGUGGCUUAAGGGAAGUGCUUGGGGUUGGUGGUGUCAGAUGUAAUCUUACCGAGUGUCAUUCCUCGCGCCUUCACCUGGGUAGGGAAGGAGCGGCAACGGGCAGGGCAGGUAUGUACAAUUAGUGGCAACCGGGAGCAAUUACAUGUGCC